AUGCACGGCCAUAAAAACAUUCUUGUAAUUGAGAAUUUAUUCACGAGGUGGGCCGAGGUUGUGCCACUACGGCAAGCCAACGGAAAGGCUCUGGUGAGCGCACUGAGAAAGCACGUCAUCUACUGCCAUGGUAACCCGGAAUUGUUGCUGAUAGAUAACGGCACCAAGUUCCAAAAGAAAGAUGCAAACCUAGUCGAACGACUGAACCACAUGAUCAAGACUCUUAAUCGAGCCUUCGUCGAAGCCAAUCAUAGGUCAUGGGACGAGAAGCUGCCCAAACAUAUAUUCGCCUAUAACACGGAGAGGCAUGCUACAACAAGUGUAAAAAUGAGCAUCAACGUGUUCAGACGUGGAUCAGCUAAUUCGGAAGGUGGUAGUCAAGGUCCUCGAGGAAUUGGAUAUAAUCUCACCACGGAAGGUCAAUUUGACUUGGAAAAUAGAAGGUUGUGA